GUCACGUCCCAGAAGCCUCCGCGGGGGUGAGGGCGCCGGGUGCCGCCAGCGCGCCAUUUUGCAGCGAGGUGAAGCGGCCGCGAUGGCGUAUCGGGGGCAGGCGCAGAAGGUGCAGAAAGUGAUGGUGCAGCCCAUCAACCUUAUUUUCAGAUACCUUCAGAAUAGAUCCAGAAUCCAAGUAUGGUUAUAUGAGCAAGUCAACAUGAGGAUAGAAGGCUGUAUAAUUGGAUUUGAUGAAUACAUGAACCUUGUUUUGGAUGAUGCAGAGGAGAUUCACAUGAAAUCAAAAGCAAGGAAACCAUUGGGCCGUGUUAUGCUGAAAGGGGACAACAUCACCUUGCUGCAGAGUGUCCACACCUAGGGAUGCCACCAGUGGAACCAUUUCUUUAGACUGUAGUGAAUAAAUCCUGUACGUUUUUGUCACGUUUUCAACAUGCUGGUCAAACUCCUAGCUAAGCUGAUUAAAUUGUGAUUUUGUUUUUACCUUUUCUGAAAUAAAAACAUUGGAGCCUACAAAA